AUUCAUUCAUUCAUUUGACUCUCUUGCAGUUGCAGCCAUAUUUCCUCCAUCUAAUUCCCUAAUUCCCCCUCAAAAUAAAUCUUCUCCAAACCAAACCCUCAUUUUGCAGAUUCCCCUCUCCCACAAAUCUAUCUCGAUCCUUUUCCCAGCUGUCACCAUAACCACACACGAUGCUCCCAAAGCGUGGCCACAGGUUCUUCAAAUUCAGGACCCCCACUUUUGAUCGUUUGUGUUGCUGAUUUGCCUUAUACAAGAAGUCCAAUCUCCUCCACAAUCCCAAAGAGAUUCCUUUUCCAUUGGCCGACAGGGAAGAUAUUCAUUCUCCGAUCCCCUCAUACUUCCGCUUCCAUCCAUCGCCCUUAUCUGUGAAAAAGAUAUCUCUAUCCGUAUCCGCACCUGCAGGCAGCCAAAUGAGUCCUCAGGCCUACGAGUUGUCGCGCGAGGUUGUGAGCAUGGCUUGGAUUAUGCUGAGGAUCGAUUACUCCAGGCUCUUCUGGCUCCUCUUUGGCGUCUUCUCCUACGAAAACCACGAAGGAAAGCCUCGGAUCAUCUAGCAUCUAUCAUCGCUUUCUACAUCUUCUCUUCUGCACCAUCAUAGACAACUAAUAAUCUCUGUUAUAUUUACUACUUCAUAUCCAGUAAGUUUGCCACCAAAGUCAUAGUUGGUAGAGUUGGUGGGCUCGAAGUCUAGUUCGAGUUCGAGUUCGAGUUUGAGGCUCCUGAGUAUCAGGUGCUCCUCCGUUGAGUAGAUCUCAAGGAGAGGGCUGAUUAAUUUUGCAACAGACAUGUACAAAACGCGGUUAGGGGAACACAUUGAUGGAGCCAAGCUGCAGCUUGGAUAUGUUGAAGUGGACCCAUCUGCCCGCUACGGACGUUUCAGAGAAGUUCUGGGCAAAGGGGCAACGAAAACAGUGUACAAGGCGUUUGAUGAAGUGCUGGGAAUGGAGGUGGCGUGGAACCAGGUGAAGCUAAACCAGGUGUUCCGGUCGCCGGAGGAACUGGAGCGCCUUUACUCGGAGGUGCACCUCUUGAAGAACCUUCACCAUGAAUCUGUAAUACGAUUCUACGCAUCUUGGAUAGACGUUGACCACCGGACUUUCAACUUCAUCACCGAGAUGUUCACUUCAGGCACCCUCAGAGAGUACAGACAGAGGUAUAAGAGAGUCAACAUUGGAGCUGUGAAGAAUUGGGCACGCCAAAUCCUAAGAGGUCUAGUUUAUUUGCAUGGCCAUGACCCUCCAGUGAUACAUCGAGACCUCAAGUGUGACAAUAUCUUCAUCAACGGCCAUGUUGGGCAAGUCAAGAUCGGUGACCUAGGCUUAGCAGCCAUACUCCGUAGUGGCUCACAUCACGCCCACAGCGUCAUAGGGACCCCAGAAUUUAUGGCACCAGAGCUAUAUGAAGAAGAUUACGACCAGCUCGUGGAUGUAUACUCAUUUGGCAUGUGUGUCCUAGAAAUGCUCACUUCUGAGUACCCAUAUGGCGAGUGCUCCAAUCCUGCUCAAAUCUACAAGAAAGUCACUUCGGGGAAGUUGCCGGAAGCAUUCUAUCGUAUUGAAGAUGAUGAAGCCCGGCGCUUGGUGGCUAAAUGCUUGGAGACGGCCUCAAAGAGGCCAUCGGCGCAAGAGCUCUUGGAAGACCCGUUUCUUGCAUCCGGUAAAUUAGAAGAGUCACUACUACUGCCCACCAUGGCCAGGAGCCCUAGCCAACGUUCCGUCGUCGGUGCCGGAAAAUUGGCAGAUGAGCCCCUUUCGCCGGCUAAUUCAAGGAGUUCAGACAUGAUUAUCACCGGGUCGAUGGAUCCAGAGGAUGACACCAUAUUUCUCAAAGUGAAGAUCACUCACAAGGAUGGCCAGGUGAGAAACGUGUACUUCCCGUUUGACACUGUGAGCGACACUCCGGAGGGCGUGGCAAUGGAGAUGGUGAAGGAAUUGGAGAUCAGUGAGUGGGAGCCAUUGGAGAUUGCUGAGAUGAUUGAUGAGGAGAUCUCUGCUCUGGUUCCUGCUUGGAAGGAAGCAUCCCAUCAUCAUCAGCAUAUCUUCAAUUAUUACGACGAACAUGAAGAUGAAGAAGACGACGACGACAGAGCCCACGACCACCCUCCUUUCUACUGUUUCUCUUCCCAUUCUUCGUCCCAAGCUUCUCCCCCCCAGCUUCGUUGUGCCAAGAAUGCCUUUCCUGCCCAUGAUUGGAUGCCAGAGAAUAUGUUUCGCAUUAACGAUGAUGCGAGUUCUCAAAGCUCUCUGAAUUCCUACAACUACUCGCACUUGGUCUAUUGGUCAAGCAAUGAUCAUAUUAAUGACUUCGACAUGAUGAAUUCCAAAACCUGCGAAUCCAACGUUACUGCAAGGUCGAUGCACAAUUCUACCAGAUUCUGUCCGGAAGAUCGAAGCAAAAGCCAAAAUUUUCACAGCCAAACCAGUUCCGAUCAGCGACUGAAGAUGAUAAGCCGCACGAAAUCUUUCCUGGACGUGCGAAGCCAAUUGCUCCGCCGCUCGUUCGCGGAGCAGAUAAGCAACCGCCGCCUCUUCAAGACUGUUGGGUCAGUGGAGAACAUCGGGUACAAGGAUCCCGGCGAGUUCUCCGGCGGCAACAUGCCGCUAUACUGCGAGUGUCCAACGAGGUCGCCGGGAAACCCUGCUGGACGACGAGGAUUUGAAUGGUGAGGAAUAAUAUGUUGUGUGGUGUGUGACUUUAUGUAUUAUUUACGUAUCAUACAUGCAUCUGUGGACAUAUGCAACAGUGUUAUUAUGGAAUAUUGCUGCUCUCUUUUGAUUCA